GAAAAGCCCAACCAGCAGCCAUGGCCCCAAUCCUAACCCUAGCCUUGAUCCAUUCCCCUCCUCUUCUAGACCCAUAUCAGUGUUGUUGCCAACUAGGAGUUAAACGUCUUCUCUGCCUCUCUGGGAACUUGGGUCUGAUCUCCUGCGCUUGCAACAAUGAACAGAGCAAUCACUAGAAAACUUGCUGCUGCUGCUACUAAUGCUUAUCAAUCGAAAGUUCUGCGGAAGAACUUGUGCGGUGGAGCAAAUGCAUCUGCUGCCACCUCUACUCAGAUUAACAACCAUAUACAUGAGGACAAGCAGAGCUUUACUCAUACAGUUCACCCAUAUGACAUUGCUAUUGUUGGGGGAGGCAUGGUUGGCAUGGCCCUUGCUUGUUCCUUGGCAACCACACCAUUGACAAAGCAUUUGAAUGUUGCCAUCAUUGACAGCAAUCCUGCUUUAGGGAGUAAAGUAAGCAUCAAGAAAGAGGACCCACCUGAUCCAAGGGUUAGUACAGUCACACCAGCAACUAUAUCUCUUUUCAAAGAUGUAGGUGCUUGGCAAUAUGUACAACAGCAUCGGCAUGCAUAUUUUGAUAAAUUGCAGGUUUGGGAUUACACUGGCUUAGGAUACACGAAGUACUAUGCAAAAGAUGUAAAUAAAGAUGUCUUGGGUUGUGUAGUGGAGAAUAAAGUGCUUCACAGUUCACUAUUCUCACGUGUUGAGGAUACUGAUUUCCAAAAGACAAUCCACCCUUCUCGAUUAACUUUGAUGUCUCUACAUCCAAGCUCUUCAUCUACAGUGGAAAGUUCAUCGUCAACGGAAGCAUCAUACGUUAAUGGAUGUUUAGCAAAGCUGGAACUGAGCGAUGGCAGCAGCCUAUAUGCAAAGUUGGUGGUGGGAGCUGAUGGCGCUAAGUCACAAGUUAGACAGUUAGCAGGAUUUAAAACAACUGGGUGGAACUACUCACAAAAUGCAGUCAUUUGCACUGUAGAGCAUUCUGUAGAAAAUCAGUGUGCAUGGCAACGUUUUCUACCAGGAGGUCCAAUUGCACUUUUGCCAAUGGGUGAUAAGUUUAGCAAUAUUGUCUGGACUAUGAACCCAAAGGAAGCAGCAGAUUGUAAAUCAAUGAAUGAGGAUGAUUUUGUGAAAGCUGUAAAUCAUGCUCUAGAUUAUGGAUAUGGUCCUCAUCCAAAGUCAAGUUUAUUGGCCAGUGCAGACAUGUUUUCAUGGCUUGGAGGAAAUCUGGUAAUUUCAGCGAAUGAUUCUUUUGAAGUUCCGCCUAAAGUGGUCAAGUUGGCUUCUGCUAGGAUGGCAUUUCCACUGUCCUUAAUGCAUGCGAAGGACUAUGCAUCAAGACGUGUUGUUCUAAUUGGUGAUGCAGCACAUGCAGUUCAUCCAUUAGCUGGGCAAGGAGUUAACUUGGGUUUCGGAGAUGCAUUUGCCCUUUCAAGAAUCAUUGCUGAGGGUAUUGCUGUAGGCAUGGACAUAGGGGAGGUAUCACUGUUGAAAAAAUAUGAAGCGGAGAGGAAACCAGCAAAUGUGACUAUGAUGGCCAUUUUGGAUGGUUUCCAGAAGGCAUACUCGGUUGAUUUUGGGCCAUUAAAUAUAUUGCGUGCUGCUGCUUUUCAUGGUGCACACCACAUAUCACCGCUUAAGAGGAGCAUCAUCUCAUAUGCCUCAGGGGAGCAGAGGCUGCCCCUUUUUUCUUAAUUACCAAUUUUGUUGAUAUAUGUACACCAUAAUAAAUGAAAAUUUCCCCACAUCUUGUACAAUAUAACUAUUUGAAUGUUGCGGAAGAUUAAAUUCCCUUCGUGAUUGUCUA